CUAUUGGAUGAAAUCCAUGUUUGUAGAAAAUAGCCGUUAGCAUUGGUUAUCUACCUUAUAAACAAAACAACCAGAUUUGGCAGAAAUUAGCACGGGUGUCUCUUUAAACGUUUAUUUCCCUCAGAAGUGGCAAAGCACAGUUUUCUCUUCAGACUUGUCAACAUUCGAAGCUGAGUGAGGCAAUGGACCAAAAAGAGGGUACUGGUACAGGACCCAAGUCAGAGACUGUGAGCCUUGCAGAGGCCAUGGAGAGAGGGAGGGAAGCAAAGAGGCAGGCAGAGGCAAAGGAGGAAGAGGAGAGGCUGAGGAAGGUACAGGAUGCGACAAGGAGAGGGGAGGAAGUGGUGGACUCGGAGGGAGAAGAUGGCUAUGAUCACAUGCUUAUUGAAGGGCUGUCUGAAGUUGCAUUGCUGAUGAAGAAGCCAGAUACAACCGCUGGGACGGGGUUUGUGUACGAUGAGAUGUGUUUGCUUCACAAGAAUGAGUGGCACCCAGGACAUCCAGAGAAACCGGCCCGGGCUGCUCGCUCCUACCAGAGAUGUGAGGAGCUCGGUCUGAUAGACAGGUGCAAACGUAUACAGUCCCGGUUUGGCACGGAGGACGAGGUGCUCCUUGAGCACACGCGACCUCACCUUGACCUGGUCAUGUCCACCAGCAGCAUGGACCUGGACGGCUUGAAGGACCUCUCACGGAGGACAGAGGAUGUCUACUUUAAUCAGGAGACAUACCAGUGUUCUCUACUCAGCCUGGGCAGUACAGUGGAGAUCACAGAGAGAAUACUGAGGAAGGAGGUGCGAAAUGGAUUUGCUUUAGUAAGACCUCCUGGCCACCAUGCUAUGACAGAGGCUUGCUGUGGGUUCUGCUUCUUCAACAAUGUUGCCAUAGCAGCCAAGAGAGCCAUUGAAGAGUGGGGAGUGAAAAAGAUCCUGAUAGUUGACUGGGAUGUGCAUCAUGGUCAGGCCACACAACAGAUGUUCUACAAUGAUCCCAGGGUGCUGUAUUUCUCCAUCCAUCGCUAUGAGUAUGGCAGGUAUUGGCCCCAACUGAGAGAGUCUGACUAUGACUUCAUCGGGGAGGGAGACGGUCUGGGAUAUAACAUCAAUGUGCCCAUCAACAAGACAGGCUGUGGAGACAGUGACUAUCUGGCCAUUCUGCACCAAGUGUUGAUGCCUAUAGGCUAUCAGUUUUCACCCGAGCUUGUGCUUGUCUCGAGUGGUUAUGAUGCUGCCAUUGGCGAUGUUAAGGGUCAGAUGUUGGUGACCCCUGCAGCCUACGCCCACUUUGUGCACAUGAUGUCCCAGUUAGCAGAGGGGAGGGUGUGUGUUGUCCUCGAGGGUGGCUACAACCUCAAGUCCCUGUCUGAAGGCGUGGCACUCAGUGUGAGGUCGUUGCUAGGAGACCCCUGUCCACUCCUGAAAACCACAGAGGAGCCGUCUGAUAGCGUUACAGAGAGCAUUCUAAAUGUGAUGAAGGUGCUGGCUCCAUACUGGUCGUGUCUUGCCUACCAGACUCCUCUGGAAGAUAAUGAGCUGUGUGCGUUCCCAGGAGUAAACACAGACCCACCAGUGGAAGGUGUAAAGUUCAUAACAGAAGACACCCGCCCCAAGGAGUAUACCCUGAGCUAUGAGUACCCGUUUGAGACAGUGGAGAAGUAUUUCAAAGCUGAACACGAGUGGACAGCAAGGAUUGAUGCCCUCAUAGCAGAAACUAACCUGGCAGUGCCACCAAAUAGGACCUGCCUGGUAUAUGACCCAGCCAUGAAAGCCCACAAACCGUAUGCCAUGCCCGGCCACCCAGAGAAGCCAGAGCGUAUCUCUAGAGUAUUUGACAAGCACAAAGAUUGGGGACUUGUUGAGAGAUGUUUGAAGCUGGAGAGUCGACUUGCAAAUCAGGAGGAACUGGAGUUAUGUCACAGCGGUGAACACAUUGCCAACUUGAAAGUGUCUGAGAGUUUUGGGCCAAAAGAGAUACAAGAUUUCACAGACCAGUUCACUUUGCCUGAUGAACGAAUCCCCACUUUUGUACACAAUGAAACCAACAACUCUGCAAAGCUGGCUGUUGGCAGCACACUGAACGUGGUUGAUACAGUCAUGUCUGGCCAGGCUGUGAAUGGAGUUGCAAUAGUGAGGCCUCCAGGACACCAUGCGGAGUCUGGCAGACCCAUGGGCUUCUGCUUCUUCAACACCGUUGCAAUAGCAGCCAAGUACGCCCAGAAGAAGUAUGGUGUUAAGAAGGUGUUAAUAGUGGACUGGGAUGUUCACCAUGGUAACAGCACACAGGAGAUGUUCUAUGAUGAUCCCAGGGUGCUGUACAUAUCCAUUCAUCGUUAUGAUGGAGGCAGUUUCUUCCCUGGCUCCAGUGAAGGUGAUCGUUUCAUGGUAGGACGGGGAGACGGCACGGGCUUCAAUGUGAACAUUCCUUGGCAUGGGGGAGGCAAAGGAGAUGCAGAAUAUUUGGCAGCUUUCCAACAGAUUGUGAUGCCGAUUGCAUAUGAGUUUGCUCCAGAGCUUGUGCUGGUCUCAGCUGGUUUUGAUGCGGCCCUGGGGGAUCCAUUGGGUGGCUGCAAGGUUACGCCUGCUGGCUAUGGUCACAUGACCCACAUGCUGAGUGGACUGGCCAAUGGGAGAGUGAUCCUGGUCCUUGAGGGUGGAUACAACCUGGUGUCAAUAGCUAACAGCAUGGCUACCUGUACCUCGGUCCUACUUGGAGACCCUGUCCCACAGUGGAGAUAUGAGCAGCCCUCAAAUAUUGCGGUGAUGACCAUUGGAGAGGUGCUGGACACACAGAAGAAAUACUGGAAGUCACUGAAGUUCAGAGUUGCAAUACCGUUGAAGAAACAGAAUGAACAGGACACUUCUGAUACUGAUGAUUCUAUUUAUAGUGAAACAAAGGGGGCAGAUAAAGGGAUGGAUGAGCUGACAAAGAACAUGGGAGAUCUUGAAGUGACCAAUGUGGGAGACCAGUCCAAGAUGGGGGCAGAGGGUGGAGCCAGCCAGGGAGCUGUAGGGGGCUCUGAACGAUUCUCAUCCAACCGGCAGCUGCUUCAGCAUUAUGAAAACCAGGGAGUGCAAGCCAUGUAUGCUGUAGAGCCUUUAAGAUACUGUGACCACCUGAAGGAGGUGUCCCCUCUACCAGAGUGUGGUUUGAACGUUGACGACCCAUGUACAGAGUGCAAUGCAACAGGAGAGAACUGGGUCUGUCUUGUCUGCUUCAAGGUGUUUUGUAGCCGCUAUGUUAACAGUGACAUGGUGAAACAUGGAAAGUCAGCUGACCACCCUGUUGUGUUGAGCUACGCAGACCUCUCUGUCUGGUGUUACAAGUGCGACAACUAUCUUGAUAAUGAGAUAUUGCGCCCAGCAAAGAAUGCAGCCCAUAACAGCAAGUUUGGAGUCGAGAUUUGAAAAUUUUGAUUGUAUUUCUGUUAUAUUGUUUGUGUUGGGACUUUGGAAUUUAUUUUAUAUUGUGGGUGUUGGGACUUUGGAAUUAAUUAUUUCUAAUUUAAAAAAUAGUUCAACAAUCAUUAUAAAAUCAUUAGUAAAAAAGGUUAUUGUGGUGUACUUGAGAAACAAUUUAAAAUGUAAAUAUUAUUCUUAAAUACAUUAAUGAUCAGACUUUUGAAAUGUAAUUAUACCCCCACAAACGAAGUUUAGGGGGGUAUAUAGGAGUGAACUUGUCUGUCAGUUGGUCGGUCUGUCUGUCGGUCCGUAUUAAGUGUCCGCUCACUAAUUCAAGUAGUUUUCACCCGAUCUUCACCAAACUUGGUCAGAAGUUGUAUCUACAUGAUGUCUAGGCCAAGUUCGAACAUGGUCCUUGCCAGGUCAAAAACAAGGUCCGAGUCACUUAGUGCGUUUUAAACAUUCAGCAUGUUGUCCGCUCUCUAAUUCAAGUAGUUUUCAUCCGAUCUUCACCAAACUUGGUCAGAAGUUGUAUCUAGAUGAUGUCUAGGCCAAGAUAGAACAUGGGCCUUUCUGGGUCAAAAACUAGGUCACGGGGUCACUUAGUGCGUUUUAAGUAUUCAGCAUGUUGUCCGCUCUCUAAUUCAAGUAGUUUUCAUCCGAUCUUCACCAAACUUGGUCAGAAGUUGUAUCUAGAUGAUCUUAAGGCCAAGUUCGAACAUGGGCCUUGCCGGGUCAUAAACUAGUUCACGGGAUCACUUAGUGCGUUUUUUAACAUUCAGCAUGGUGUCCUCUCUCUUAUUAGCUCAUCUAUUUUUUGAAAAAAAAUUAUGAGCUAUUGUCAUCACCUUGGCGUCGGCGUUGGCGUCCGGUUAAGUUUUGCGUUUAGGUCCACUUUUCUCAGAAAGUAUCAAUGCUAUUGCAUUCAAACUUGGUUCACUUACUAACUUUCAUGAGGGGACUGGGCAGGCAAAGUAAGAUAACUCUGGCGUGCAUUUUGACAGAAUUAUGUGUCCUUUUUAUACUUAGAAAAUUGAAAAUUUUGGUUAAGUUUUGUGUUUAGGUCCAUUUUAUUCCUUAAGUAUCAAAGCUAUUGCUUUCAUACUUGCAACACUUACUAACUAUCAUAAGGGGACUGUGCAGGCAAAGUAAUGUAACUCUGACUGGCAUUUUGACAGAAUUAUGUGCCCUUUUUAUACUUAGAAAAUUGAAAAUUUGGUUAAGUUUUGUGUUUAGGUCCACUUUAUUCCUACAGUAUCAAAGCUGUUGCUUUCAUACUUGCAACACUUAUUAACUAUCAUAAGGGGACUGUGCAGGCAAAGUUAUGUAACUCUGACUGGCAUUUGGACGGAAUUAUGGGCCCUUUAUACCUAGAAAAUUGAAAAUUUGGUUAAGUUUUGUGUUUUGGUCCACUUUACCCCUAAAGUAUCAUAGAUAUUGCUUUCAUACUUGGAACACUCGCAAACUAUCAUAAGGGUACAGUAAAAGAACAAGUUGCAUAACUCUGGUUGUCAUUUUUACAGAAUUAUGGCCAUUUUUUGACUUAGUAACUUUGAAUAUAUGGUUAAAUUUUGUGUUUUGAUCCACUUUACUUCUAAAGUAUCAAGGCUAUUGCUUUCAAACUUCAAAUACUUUCAUGCUAUCAUGAGGUUACUGUACCUGGCAAGUUGAAUUUUACCUUGACCUUUGAAUGACCUUGACUCUCAAGGUCAAAUUAUUAUGCCCCCCUUCGAAGAAGAGGGGGUAUAUUGCUUUGCUCAUGUCAGUCUGUCGGUCGGUCUGUCUGUCGGUCGGUCUGUCCACCAGGUGGUUGUCAGACGAUAACUCAAGAACGCUUAGGCUUAGGAUCAUGAAACUUCAUAGGUACAUUGAUCAUGUCUCACAGAUGACCCCUAUUGAUUUUGAGGUCACUAGGUCAAAGGUCAAGGUCACUGUGACCCGAAAUAGUAAAAUGGUUUCCGGAUGAUAAUUCAAGAACGCUUAUGCCUAGGAUCAUGAAACUUGAUAGGUAGAUUGAUCAUGACUAGCAGAUGACCCCUAUUGAUUUUCAGGUCACUAGGUCAAAGGUCAAGGUCACGGUGACCCGAAAUAGUAAAAUGGUUUCCGGAUGAUAACUCAAGAACGCUUAUGCCUAGGAUCAUGAAACUUCAUAGGUACAUUGAUCAUGACUCGCAGAUGACCCCUAUUGAUUUUCAGGUCACUAGGUCAAAGGUCAAGGUCACAGUGACAAAAAACAUAUUUACAAAAUGGCUGUCACUACAA